AUGGUGGUGGUGCAGGGAAGUUUCUACGAGGUGGUGCUAGCUGGCUACGUACCCACCGGCCAUUGCCCCCGUGACAUCCAGGUGCAAUGGCUCAAGAACAGCUCUCCAGUUCGGGCUGUGCUGCCCCACAUCACCUCAGAGCUGUCAAAUUCCUCCUACAACAUGUCCAGCACCGUACAGGUGAUGCUGCAGAAGGACGACGUCCACUCCAAUCUCACCUGCCAGGUGCAGCACAGCACGUUGGCAGCCCCACUGAGGAGGACGUACGCGCUGGGCCAGGUCCUGCGAGUUCCUCCCAGCGUGUCUGUGGUCGCUGCACCGCCGGGCGCCGUGGAGGUGAACAAGACGGUGAACUUCACCUGCCGUGUGCGGGGCUUCUACCCGGGAGCUGUGAACGUCACCUGGCUGGAGAACGGGACGGAGAUGAACGCGGGGAGCACCGCGCAGCCAGCAGAGACCUCCCAGGGCUUGUUUGAGCUGAACAGCACGGUGACGGUGCAGGCGGGGGAGGAGAAGAGCGGCUCCAGCUUCACCUGCCGCGUGGUGCACGAGGACCAGCAGCCCUUCUCCAGCGCGGGCAUCCUGCGGGUCGCUGUCCCAACCCCAGAGAAAAUUGACACCAGUUUCAUCGGAGACAGCAAAAGUCUCAUCUAUGUGGCUGUGGGAGUGGUGUGCACUGUGCUGGCGCUGCUGGUGAUUGCAAUUCUCUACCUCAUCCGGACAAAGCAGAGCAAGGGUAAGAGCUCUCCGUCUGCCAGGUUACACGAGCCGGAGAAGAGCAGUGGAGGCACCACCACCCAGGAGUCUGAUCCCAACAACCUGACCUACGCCGACCUGAAUUUUGCCAAAGAGAAGAAGAAGAGCAUCCGUCGCAUCAUCGAGCUGAGCCAGCAGUCGGAAUACGCCUGCAUCCAGGGCAGCAAUAGCAGCAGCAGCAGCAGCCAGCCGGCCGCCAGCAACGACAACCUGACCUACGCUGACCUGGACAUGGUGCACCUCAGCAAGGCACCCCGGCGGCCCGCCCCACGCCCCGAGGAGAGCAGCUCUGAGUAUGCCAGCGUCCAGAUCCAGAGGCAGUGAGCGGGGCUGGGGCUCCCGGGGGUCCUGGUCCUCCCCCUCAGCUCACAGAGGAGGUUUCUCAGCAGCACCGAUGGCCACGGUACCCGUGUUCUGGGAUGGAAGUGCAGCCUUCAGCACUGUGCCUGCUCCUGGGGGUUGACUUCUGUUUGCAGACUUGUGGGAUGGCUUGAGGGCUCCUUGCCUUUGGGACUCCCAAAACCCUUGGCUCUGGGGACCCCUGAGUUGUGCACUGGGUUUGCUCACAGAACCUGAGGAUGCGUCGCUGGAGAGCACUGCAGUGCAUCAGGAUCUGGGAUGGUGCCUCCAAGCCAGGGGCUCCCACUGCCUUUGGGGGCUCUGCUGUGUGGAAAACGAACUCUGGCUUUAAAGGAACGAUGUCAGUGUCCACCUCUCUUUCCAAGUGUCUCUUCCACGGGCUCCAGCACUGACGCCAAUAGGGCUGGGGGGCUGUAGGAAGCGAGCUGCAGCCACGUUGGCUUUGCCCCAUCACCAAACAUCCUCCUCCUCCACACAGCCCAGAGAUCUGUGCCCUGGGCUUGCACACAGCCCCUUCCAGCCAGGCAACCCUGUGUUUUUGGGGUGAGCCCCCCCUCACCAGGCACAGCCCCGUACCCCUCAGUAACGUUUAACAUGUUCUAAAUGUUUGCCAUGUAAGUCUUAAUUUCUAGAGCUCAACCCCAAUGUUUCACGUGUUGUACGUGGGUGUACUGCUGUGUACGUUGCACUAUAGGGUAAGAUGUGCAAAAUGAAGAACAAGGCCUCCGUAAAAACCCUGGAAACCCCAUAGAGCUUCUGUCUGACACGCACCCCCUGCUUGGAUGUGGGCUGGGGGUAUCGGCAGCUCCCUGCAGCCAAGACUGGGGGGGGGGGGGCACACAUACCUUCUAUGUGGCCCCUGCCCCAAGACCUCCCCCCAUCACCCAUGGGAUCAGUGUGGGGUGGGGGAAGCCCUGGCAUUGCUUUGGGAUCUGUGAGACUGCCUGUACUGACCGUGACUUUUUUUUUUCUUGUUGCUUGCAAGAUAUUUUUAUAAUAAAAGUGGAAAGUCCUGUG